AUGGCCUGCGGAGCCACGCUCAAAAGGACUAUCGACUUCGACCCUCUUCUCAGCCCGGCCGCCUCCCCGAAAAGAAGAAGAUGUGCCCCCCUCUCCCCCUCCGCAUCAUCCCCACAGAAAUACCUCCGCAUGGAGCCGUCUCCCUUCGGAGAGGUGUCCUCCCGGCUCACUGCAGAACAAAUCCUUUACAACAUCAAACAAGAGUAUAAACGCAUGCAAAAGAGGAGACAUUUGGAAAGCAGCUUUCAGCAAACAGAACCUUGCUGUUCCAGUGAAGGCCAACCACACACUUUCCUGCCUUCUGGGCCUACUUUACCCGGCACGUCCACGUCGUCAUCACAGUUCCGUAAAGAACAGCCCUUGUUUACUCUAAGACAAGUUGGAAUGAUAUGUGAACGUCUUCUUAAAGAAAGGGAAGAUAAAGUUCGUGAAGAAUAUGAAGAAAUAUUGACCACAAAACUGGCGGAGCAAUACGAUGCUUUUGUGAAGUUCACUCAUGAUCAGAUUAUGCGACGAUAUGGAGAACAGCCUGCUAGCUGU